AUGAUGAAAGUUAAAGAAAAUGUCAUUAAAAAAAAACAAAUUAAAAAGGUUGAUAUUUUGCAAAACAGUUUAACAGUUUAUAAUGAUGAUAAGAGACCAAAAAUAUUAUUGAAUUCUCAAAUUCCUACUGAUGAUGUGAAUCAAAUUUAUAAUCCAAAAAGUGAUGGUAAUUGUGGAUUCUAUGCACUUGUUAUUGCUAUUAAAAAAAAUAAGAAAAAUUGGAAUCUUGUUAAAUUGGCUAUGAAUAAUCAACUGAAUAAGCAUAUGAAGAUUUAUAAGGAUUGGCUAGGCUAUAAUAUCAAUUUACUUAAACAGAUAUUAGAGUCUCAAAAAUCAUCAUGUUCAUCUUUGUUUUGGUUUUUAUCACCUGAUUAUGCACAAUUGACCGUUGACACUUUUUCUGUUCCUAUUGCUAUAUUUGAUGAAAAGGAUGAACAGUGCACAAUGUUUUUUCCAUUAGAAUCAGCUUCUCAAUAUAUAUCUGAUUCUCUUUAUAAACCUGGAGAAUCGGUACAAGAAUUAAGCCACAAUAACAAACAGCUCAAAAAUAAGAUUCAAAAAUCACAACAUAAAGUUAGGAAGCUUAACAGUUCCAUAGCACAAUUUAAGCACAAAUGUCGUCGACAUGUAUCUCAAAUUCACGCAGUAACCCAAUGCCCAUUAGAAUUAAAAGGCAAUGAUAUAAAAACAAAAGAUCUUCAACAUUGUAAUUCUGAUACGGUCAGCCAAGCUCUUGUUGAAUCUUGUGCUAAAUAUAACCUUGAUGUUUCAUGA